GCGACCGGGGCCGCUUCAGUACUGCUGAAAGCGGGCAUCGCGUUUUAAAGGACGCUCGGGUUAAACCGGCCGGGACCUUUCCUCUUUGGACGAGGACACGGGCUUUUUCCGGACUAACCGGGGGGCGGGAGACCCACUUGCCGGGCCGCCAUGGAGGUGAGCGCGGCGCGGACGUCGUCGAGCGACAUCGCGGACCUGAACAGCCAAGACGCCCAGACGGUGUGCGAAGCGCUGGGCCGCUACGAAGAAACGCUUCGCGGCGCGGUGAAGGAGAUCCACGUGGAUAUCCAGGUCUUUAAGAACGGCGUGGACCGACAGGUGGCCGAAGUGCUGCGCUUGGCCAACCCGCUGGCCAGCACCGUAGCCGAGCUCCAGCAAGAGAACCAGCAGUUGCGGGCGCAGGUCGAGCAUUUAAGUCAGCAGGUGGAGAUCCUCAGCCGGGCAGCCGGACUCCCGGAUAUCUCCAAGCCGGCAUCUCCGACGGCGUUCGCGGCAUCGCCGAAGUUGGGAAGCGGCGGCGGCGGCAGCAGCAGCAGCCGCUUUGCCAGCCACGCUAGACUGUCCCUUGCCAGCAAGAGUCAGAGUUUGGACAUUGAGGAUGAAAAGAACUUUAUGAGCAAAAGAACCCCUGAUUCAGCCAUAACUGAGAAUGGCCAUCAAUUGUCAGGAGAUUCUCCUCUUGAGGCACAUGCUCCAGCCAUGUCUUCACGGAUGCCCCACCAGCCUGUUACUGCAGUAACUAGAGUAUCGGAAACGUUUUCAGGAGAAACGGUCGGAUCGUCAACUGUGCCAAACUCUCCUGGCGGGCAUCAGAGCAAUGCUCAUAAUGAUGCUGCAUCCAAAACAUUGAUUCAAGCAGAAAAAGAGGUGAAAGGUGCUAGCAGUUCAACCCUGAGCACUGCGAAGAACUGGAACGUGAGGACAACAAAUGCUUCCUUUACUUCAGAUAAAUUUUCUUCCGGGACAAAAUCCACAUCGACUGUAAACUACGGAAGCCAAUCUAGUGAAAGUGUCACCACCAGCCAACAAGCCCAGGUUUCAAAGUCCCACUCUUCAACUUCUUCAGUCCAUCGACAAGUGGAAAAGCGAAGGGAACUGGUGAGAUCUCAGACUCUGCCCCGGACUUCAGAGACUCAGUCUAGGAGAGCACUGUUUGAGAAGUUCGAGCAGGAUACUGGAAAGGGGAAGAAUGUAGGCCGGACCAAACUCAAGAGAUCCCAGAGUUUUGCAGUUGCCAGUGCCAGCAGCAUCAAGCAAAUUCUCUUGGAGUGGUGCCGGUCCAAAACUAUUGGCUACAAGCAUAUAGAUCUGCAGAACUUCUCCUCUAGCUGGAGUGAUGGGAUGGCUUUCUGUGCACUGGUGCACUCCUUCUUCCCUGAAGCAUUUGAAUACCACACAUUGGACCCCACCAAGCGCAAGGAGAACUUCGAAUUGGCAUUCACAACAGCUGAAAAAAUGGCCAACUGUGACCGCUUGAUUGAAGUGGAAGACAUGAUGCUGAUGGGCCGCAAACCAGACCCCAUGUGUGUCUUCACAUACGUGCAGUCUCUCUACAACCAUCUUCGGCGCUUUGAAUGAAUCCAGGAAGGCCGUGACUCUUAGAAUGGGACUGCUCCACAGCUGCUUUUGUGCUAAUGUUUGGUGCUGCUACACAGCUGCUUGCAACCCUACAGAGGGAAUUCCCAGGCCGCUGGACACAGCCACAAGCCAAAGAGAAAGAAAAGAUAAAAACAGUCAAGGUUCCAGGGCAGCUAGAGCUCUUGCUGAAAAAAUGAUAGAAGGCCAGCAGUUCCUUCCUUGUUCUCUCUAGGCAGCUGUGAAUAGAGAUUCUUGUUCUAAGAAUUUCCUUUUAACUAUAUGUGCAAGCUGAUUUGACCAAAUUGGCCUAGAGGGAUAAUUCAAGCAUGAUCUCCUCUCUUCCUCCCAGUCUUUCUUCUAUAGAUGUCUCAAAAGUCUGCUAUGUUUAUCAUUUGUGGGCAGCUAUGCUAUUAGUUGCUUUGUAUUAUAUCCCCCUUCUUUUCCCUGAUUCCACUUCCUUAUGUUCUGGAAUUCCUGGGAUAGAUUAAUGCGGUGUGGAUAGUUUGAAGGCUAAUGUUCAAAUUCUCCUGAUCACAGAGGCUUCUUGCAUACUUUUAGAACUCAGCUUGUUUCCAAAGGCUGCAGUAUUGAAACCUGUUUUCCUUCAAACCAAAAGACUUGCUUGUACAUUUAAAAACAAUGUUCUUGCAAUACUGGAGUAUAUUAACCUGAAUGAUCAUAACUGACACUUCACCACAAUUUGCUCCAGCAUUACUUUUCCCCGAUAUCUGUGAAUUUGUCACCCGAAAGCUGCAUGCUGAAUCCUGCUUUAGACACACCUGAAACUGAGCUC